AAUAUUUUGAAGAGAGGAAAAAAGAAUAUCCAAAAUCAUAGCUUACACAGACCCCUUCAGCACAUUAGAAGGAAAGCCCAAAUAUAUAGGCCCAUUAACAACCCAAUACUCAUCAGAACCCAAACCCUAAUACCCAUUUUCUUGAACUUCUUCAUAUAAAAUUCGUGCGACGCCGCUCAUCUCUCUGUUCACCCGCUGAGCUCAGUAGAGAGAAUCUAGGUUUUCUGCAUCGCAACACAGCAAUGGGGAAAGGAACCGGGAGUUUCGGAAAGCGGAGGAACAAGACACACACACUGUGUGUGAGGUGCGGCCGCCGCAGCUUCCAUUUGCAGAAGAGCCGCUGCUCCGCCUGCGCUUACCCAGCCGCUCGCAAGAGGACAUACAACUGGAGUGUGAAAGCCAUCCGUAGAAAGACCACCGGAACUGGACGCAUGAGGUAUCUCCGCCAUGUGCCUCGCAGAUUCAAGACCAACUUCAGAGAAGGUACCGAGGCUGCACCAAGGAAGAAGGCAGCUGUUGCCUCUGCUUAAGGUCGAGGGUACAUUUGGUCGAACUUAUCUCGAUUACAAUCUUGAGAGAGGAUUAGAGACGGUUCCAUUUUUGGGAUUGCCAUUUCAACAGCGUUUUUAUUCAGUUGUUAAAUUUUGUUGGUGUUGCUCACAAGUAUUCUGAUACAGAUUAAUCAAAGACCAGUUGCUUUAAUGCCCAUGUUUCUUGGUGAUUUUGUUGUC